CUAGAGUGAAUUGGGAGGUGUCCUUAUGUAACACAUCCACGCUGCUCCACUUUUGCAGAGUCACUACUGAGAGAAAACUGCGCAGGAAAACUCUUCACAACUUAGUCAAUCACUAAAAAUGACCCAGCUGAUGGAAAACGAGGUGUUCAAGGCUUUUGCCACCUAUGCAGCCAUUGUGACACUCAAGAUGAUGUUGAUGGGGCCAGUUACCGUGUACUUCCGCUUGACCAGAGGGUCCUUUUCUAAUGAAGAAGAUGUGGCCAGAAAGUCUGAAGAGGAGAAGAAGAAGCUGCUAAGAAGUCAUCCAGAUGUGGAGCGUGCUCAGAGGUGUCACCAUAAUGACCUAGAGAACAUAAUUCCAUUCUUCUUCAUCGGGCUGCUUUAUGCCCUGUCUGGACCUGAGCUAGCCACUGCUUUGCUUCACUUCCGUAUCUUUACAGCAGCUCGGAUCUUCCACAGCUUUGCUUACAUCCUGGCCCUGCCUCAGCCCAGCAGGGGGCUCUCCUACUUCCUGGGAAUGCUGGUUACCUUCUCCAUGGCUUACAACCUGCUCAGUAAAGUUUUCUUCCUGUAGGGAGCAAACAACCUCAACCUGCCCUGCCGGUUUUUGUUUUUUUUCUACAUUACACUGACAAUUGAGCUGACUGAGCCUUUACUAAAAUGAUGCAUAAUUUUGAACUCUAUACAAAUAUUCAAAGACCAAAUAAACACUGCUAUUGCC